AUGGAGCUGUGGGGGACGAGCGACGCGAGCGACGCGCUCUGGUGGCUCGCGAGUCAUCCGGCGUUCGGCGCGGCGGCGGUGCUUGGGGUCGUCUGGCUCGUCCCUCGAGCGGUGGACGCGGCGUGGAAGUAUGUAGUGCUCCCUGGUGUGAUUCUGUUACUCGUCGUGGUCGUGGUGACGACGCCGGCGGAGGCGCUGGGGUUCUUCGGAGCCGCGGCGCGAGAGGUGGCGGGACAUCCGGAGGAGAUACUCGCCGUGACAGUCGUGUUCGCGGUCAUCGCGCUCGGACCGUACCUCGUCGGCGGUGCGAUCGUGGCGUUGUUAAUCAGCGGCGCGACGAUCUUGCCCGGAGUGUUCAAGCCCUUGCUCCCGCCCGAGGUCGUGCGCGCGACGGAGCAAGUUGACUCCAUAGCCAGCCGAGUGCGAGAGGAAAGGAGUUUCUUCGACUCGUUCGCGAAAGAGGUGAACGACAAGCGAACGUCGCUCAAGAUGCAGCGUUCGAACGGGAACGCAACAGUUAGCGCUCCCACGCUGGUGGAGAACAGAACGAAGCCGAUGAAGAAGACGUCUGCGACGCGCGCGCGAGAGGACGCGAUUCGCGUGCGGGAGCGUCGCGAGCAAAAGCGCGAGCUCGAAAAGCGAAAGCAGCAGUACCUCGCCGACAAGACCACCGCGACGUGA